UGCAGGCGGCAUUCCCCGUAAUCGCACCUCUUGUAACCGACUGGUGUGACACCGUGCAUAAAACUCAACAUUUCGACGUCGAAAUAGGCCAAAGUCGCCCGAGGGCCUUCUAGAUAACAGAAUAGAAGGCCGGACCGAUCGGUUUCGAUUGGAUUUUAUUUUGCAACUUUGAGAGGGAUCGUCCGACUACUAGUAGGUGCCAUCGACGCCCUGUAUCAUUAGUUAUCGUCUUCGCCUGUCGACUUGUGGUAGAGGUCUUGUAAGUGCGAUUGUUUUCUGUACUCACUCGCCGGGUUUUGUUCUUCGAAAGAUAAACAGGGCGUCCCAGAAUGUGGCGGGAGCUUCUCGUAAAUACAAUUUUUGUAACCAGUGCACUCUCUCUGUCCCUGGUCAACCCCUUCGCGCUGCAGAACGCCCCGACGGCGGCGCUGACCAACCUGGCAACGUCGGCUUCCGCCUCGGCCCCCCCGCGGCCCGUCUCCCACAUCGCGGACCUACGCAAGAAACAACAGAAGGUCGAGCAGCUGUCGCAGUCGGAGAAGCUACUCGCAGGGGAUGACGACACGGACGGGAAUCUCUCGGUCGAGGGAGCCGAUGACGGCGACAACGAGGCGGCGCCUACUCUGCUCCAGAAGAAGAUCGGGAAGAUCCUGAGGAAGAUCAGGUUCUUCUCCACGUUGGCCAACGCGUCCGGCGGAAACGGGGGGCACGGCGACGGGAACGUGGAUGAGACCGGUUCCAGCUUAAGUAACACCACCAUCCAAACUACCACGGAGGGGAACACUAACCUGAACGACACCCUUGACGGAACACCGGAUAUCUCCGAGAACGACGUCAGAACGAGCGAAGAAAUUACCACGGAACGUACCAGGACCUUCCAGAAGGUCAUCUACCCCCACUCCAAGCACGACGCCCCGUUCAAGGUCAGCUUCGACGUCAACGAGAAGAUCGUGAACCGACCGGACACUGAGGAUGUCGCGGAACACAGCCAGAACAUUCAAAUGGUGGAAGAUAUGAGCAGGCUGGGACAGAUCGGCGUAUUUUUCGCGGAGAUAGUGGGGAGUAUAGUGGGACUGAUCUAUGGGGCAGCUGCCCAUAUCACUAGCAAUACGAACGGAGGAAAACAUUUGGAAUAGACAAAUAUUUUUUCUAAAUA